CCCAUGCGGCCUGGGCCCGCGCUCCUCCUCCUGGGCCUGGGCCUCGGCCUGGGCCUGGGCUGCGGGCCUGGCCGCCCCCCUCCGACCCCGGCUCCUCGCGGGGCCCGCGCCGCCGUCCCCGGGGCGCCCGGCUCGCCCCCCGGCGACCUCCUCGGCCCGGGGCCCGCCUCGGCCCGCCGCGCCCCGCCCGAGGCCCGGGGCCGCCGCGUCCCGGCGCGGGGCCAGGCGGCCGCGCUGCGCUCGGUCAGGGGCCCGGGGCUGCGCGGCGGCGGCGGCGGCGGCGGCGGCGGCGGCGGCGGCGUCCUCAGCGGCGGCCUCAGCCUCAGCCUGAGGCCCCGCGCGGCCCCGGGCGGCGGCGUCGUCCUCAGCGGCGAACGCGGCCUGUGCCUGCCCGGCGGGCGGGGCCCGGGCCCCGCGGCGCGCUGCCUCCGCGCGCACGUCCAGCUGCGCGCCCGCCGCGCCGCCGCUCCCGCCCGCGUGGCCCUGCAGCUGUCGGCGCCCGGCGGCCGGCUCUCCCUGCGCUGGCUCGCCCGCUUGCCGCGCCCGCUCGGGCGCCAGGAGUGGACCUUCCGCCUCGGGCCGCUCGGGCCCACGGCCGCCGCCGCCCGCGUGGCGCCCCGCUCGGCCGGGUCGCCCCGUUCGGCCGCGCCCCGCGGCCCGCGCUCCUACGCGGGCUUCGUGGCCCGAACCGAGUGUCCCACGGACGGGCCCACGCCCGUCGUCUUAGAGGCUGUCAACCCGAACAGGUCCCGGGCCCUGGAGUCCUCCGUGUCCUGUCAGAUAGCCCGCGCGGGGCUCUGCGUGGUGGAUCUGGUGAGGAUCAACAAGAACGACAGUUCUCCCCUGCAGCUGACCCGGAAGAUGGAGGUCAUCGUCAAUGCCACGGUGAAGGUCCGCUGCCCCAUCCAAAGGCUCUUUGGUCAGUACUGGAAGCUCUUUCCCGUGCGCUCUGUAUCUGAUACGCCGGACUGGACCAAGCCUUUGCGAAACCCACCUUUCAAGUCACAGAACACUCCAACAGCUAUAGGCAUCUCUGCGAAGUCUUUAUCUUGGGGGGUGUAUCUGCUUAAUUUCUCAGUGUACAUUGUCACUUCUGAUCCAAAAACACCUCCGCAGAAAGACUCAGAUUCCAUCUAUAUCACCAUUGUUAAAAGUCCCCUGGAGGCCGUCAUUCCUGGGGAUGCCAACAUCACGAUCCGUUUCACAGAUGGGCUGACUCUGAACGGAAGUCUGUCCUCUGAUCCAGACGCGGACAACCCGUUAGAGGGACUUCAUUUCUUUUGGUACUGCACCACAGACCCAAGAAACUACAAUGGGCAUAACAUAACAGUGACAAGCAAGGCAGUCUGUCUCCCAGAACAGGUGCAUCUCAAGUGGACGUGGGCCUCUGGUCCUGUACUCACACUUUUGCCGGAAACACUUCAAGGCGGCCGUGUGUAUUUUUUCAGACUGGUGGUCAAGAAGAAAGACAGAACAGCAUUUUCUGAUAGAACGGUGCAUGUGCUCCGAGGACCCGCGCCUGUGGCAAGCAUUUCAUGUAUUGAAAAUUGUGAUCCAGUUUUGGUUAUAUCAGACAGAUUUUCUCUGUCUCUAGAAUGCCCACAUUGUAAAGCAGGCCGUGACGUCUAUCGAUGGUCCAUUGUGUCGUCUUCAGGUGACGAUACUCCAUUUGAUUGGGUGGGGCAGACCACAACAGGGAGAACCGGUGCUUAUUUGUCUAUAAAAGCGUUUGCUUUUCGGCAUUCCAUUGAAGAUAAGUUUUGGAUUUCUCUAAAUCUAGCAACUUGGGGUGGAGCGAGCGUGGUCUUAAGGCAUCCCUUCAUUAUUCACCACGUCCCUGAAACCACAGAGUGCAAAAUUGUUCCAGAUAAAGGAACUGCAUUCAUUACUAAGUUUGUUGUCCAUUGUAGUAGUUUCAAGGAUAAGAACAUCGUUCUUACAUAUAAGAUAAUAGUUUCUGAUGUGCAUGGUUUUGGUGAAAUCAGUUCUUUAAAAGAGAAUAACUUUGGGUCCAUCCUGUAUUUGGGGAAGAAUUACACAUCGCCCCCUUCCUUUCUCCCUGUUGGUGCGUUGGCCAAUCAUUACGCCUUGAAAGUAUAUGCUCAGGUAUAUAAUACCUCUCUGGGGGCUUUUUCUCAGGUGGCUUUGUACGCCACUGUGCAGGCUCCCACUGACGUAAACUCAUCAAAGACUGUGCUGCAGGAGUUGUUCAGUUCCACCACGGGACCCAAUUCAUCACUAUCCACUUUGUUUCAACAGCAGGAUUUUUUACCUGCAGGUUAUUUAAUGUAUAUCGUAGCUUCUGUCUUGAAUAACAUGAAAAGCGACUUAGAUCUGCAAGCUGACAAAAUUAGACUCCGAGAACACCUUUUCAAUCAGUCUUUCAUUCUUCCUAUAAGCACUUUGCUGGAAAUUAGCCAGAUGGUCAUGACUGUUACUAAAUUAACCCAGAAAACCUCUGAGUUGACCUCGGUCGGUCAGAAACUGGCCACGGUGAGGAUUUGGCAAGCAAGCCAAGCCCUCCAAGAGUGUCACCAGAGAGAUAAGCACAUUUCUUCUGAGCAAAUAGAAAGUGUGAGCACUGGAAUAUUAACAAGUUUGUCUAAUAUCCUGAAACUGAUGAGCCGUCACGAAGUGGUCGAAGAGCCCUUCCAUGUCGUCGAGUCCCUAGCAGACACAGUAUUGGCUGUCAAAGUGCCAGAGAAUGAGACCACUGCAAUGAGGACCUCCAACUUUAACAUGUACGUCAAGAAAACAGAAAAGUGGAAUGUUACCAAGUUCUUCAGCGCUGAGAAACACUGUGGAAAUUGUUUUUAUCCAGCCCUAAAUGUAAGCAGCGUUCCUAGUCUGCCUGCCAAUGCUCCAAUUUCUACGAUGUUUUGUGAGUUUGCAGAUAACCCUUUCCCUUGGCUAAAUUACGAGGAAAACAUUUUGACUGAGGUGGUUGGAUUCCGAAUGACAGGAACCGAGGCCACUGGUGAUGUGAUCGAGGUCACACCUGAUGUUGUGGAAGUGCACCUCGUCAGAAAAAACUUGAGCUUUGGGACUUUUAACCUCACGGUGGGACCCAGCAAGGAGACUCACAAAGGGGACGAGUCGUUGAGAAAGACGACGGGGGCGUUUAGGUUUGAAGUGGACAGCAGAACAGGGAAGGACGUGUUGGUCCACAUCGUGACGGAAGUGGCCGUGUUGUUCACGGUGUUGGUGUACGCUGGCCGUGAGAUCACACCCACCGCUUUGAUCACCACCUACGUCGUGCCCCGUCACAUCCCUCCAAUUGCCCAAGAGAGUGACCUGUUUGACCCGGAAUGCGCAGUGAAGGAGGCCCGCGUGGUCUGCCUUCCCUCGGCCCUGCUGCAGGCCAUAGCUCAGCGAACCGGCUCCUCUGAGUGUACUGUCGCCAUGGUCCUGCAGGCACCUCGUUUUGUCCUAAAGCCCAAUGACAAGUUAGUGAGGAUUUCUGUUUUCAGCACUCAAUGCUUGGACAUGCAUGGGCUCCAGAUAGAUUGGAGAGAAGAUGCCUGCGUUGUCGGAGAGAAGACCAGCUGGCACAAAGUGCACUGUAUCUGCAAGAACCCAGGGCGGGCCAAGCGGCAGCUGGACGCGAUGAAACUAGCCAACCUUCACCUGAGUACCCACUAUGUGACCGCCAGGGUUAUCGUGGUCCCUAACCCUGUGGAUCUACGAUUAGAGGUCAUCAAGAACAUUACCCAAAACCCUGUGACCCUCUUCACUGUACUUUUCAUUUUGCUCUUGUACAUAGUCCUAGCCUUCUGGGCCUUGCACAGGGAUGAAAUGGACAAGUUUCUUAGGGAGUACGUGAUAGUUCUACCCGAUAACGAUCCCUAUGACAGUGUCUGUUACCUCGUCACUGUUUUUACAGGAAGCCGUUGUGGGUCUGGGACCAGGGCCAAUGUCUUUAUCCAACUGCAGGGAACAGAAAGUAGCAGCGACGUGCAUUGUUUAAGCCAUCCACAGUUUAAAACCCUCUACCGAGGAAGCAUCAGUACUUUCCUCCUAACGACGAAAAGUGACUUGGGGGACGUCCAUUCCAUACGCGUGUGGCACAACAACGAGGGCAAGUCCCCGAGCUGGUAUCUGAGCAGGAUCAAAGUGGAGAAUCUGUUCACCCGGCACAUCUGGCUGUUCAUGUGCCGGGAAUGGCUUUCUGUCGACACCUCUUUGGACAGAACCUUUCACGUGACCCCCCCGGAUAAGCCUCUCAACAGAAUGGAUUUUUUCCUUAUAGAUUUAAGUUAUAAGAUGGGGAGAAGCCACAUGUGGUUCUCUGUUUUCUCUGGUGUCAUCGCUGUGCCGUUCAAUAGGCUCCAGAGACUGUCCUGCUGCCUAGCCAUGUUGCUCUCCUCCCUCCUGUGUAAUAUUAUGUUCUUUAAUCUCAAUAGAGACAGAGAAGGCGAGGCACAAGAGGGGAAGUACCUCAGGUCGAUGAUGAUCGGGAUGGAAAGCGUCUUAAUCACCCUCCCUGUGCAGCUGUUGAUCACGUAUCUGUUCAUCUAUUCCCAGAGGAGACCGCGUGUGACCCUGAGCGAGGUCGCGCCUCGGGAGCAUCCAUCGACACCAGCAGCAAAGGAACACUGGGAAGAACGACUGGAGAAGUGGCACGCUCAGGAAAUGGACAAAGCACGCUCCCGGGAGCCUGAAAAGCCUCCAACUACCAGGAGGCAUCCCGGACUUGCCACGGCUUCCGUCAAGGCCGCCUCUAAAAGACGGCCCCAGCCCAAGCGAGCAGAAAGCAAGGUCUCCCGCACCCAAACUAAAAAUAAAAACACCAAUAACCCAAACGUUGAAGACGAUCAAAGUGUUUCUUCCAGAGAGCAGCCUCCCCAGCCAGGGGCCGCCCUCCUCAGAGAGAAGACUGGGGUGGUUCUGCCGUGGUGCUGCGUUUAUGUCGCGUGGUUCUUGGUGUUCGUCACGUGUAGCGUGUCCUCAUUCUUCAUUGUGUUCUACGGACUGACCUACGGCUAUGAGAAGUCAAUAGAAUGGCUGUUGGCGUCAUUUUGUUGCUUCCUGCAGUCAGUUUUUCUGGUGCAGCCGUGUAAAAUUAUCCUCGUGAGUGGCUACAGAACAAGUAAGCCCAAGUACUGUAAAAACCUUUCUUGGGUCGGCAACUAUCGCUACAGCGAGAUCAAGCUGCACAGCAUCACGAAGAACCCGGAAGAGAUGAGCAGGCGCCAGCAGUACAUCUCCCAGCUGCGAAGCUCGAGGAUGUACCAGCCCCUCACCGAGGAUGAAAUCACAAUAUUCAAAAGGAAGAAGAGGAUCAAGAGACGUGCCUUCCUGUUCCUGAGCUGCAUCCUCACCCACUUCAUCUUUCUGGCCCUCCUGUUGAUCCUGAUCGCCGACCUUCGCCACACAGACAGCUUUUACUAUAACCAGGUCAUCCGCGACCAGUUCUCCGUGGAUCUGGCGUCAGUGACCAGGCUGGAGGACGUCUAUCAGUGGCUGAACCGCGUGCUGCUGCCUCUGCUGCACAACGACCUGCGCCCCACCUUUCUCCCCGACAGCUCCUCUAAGAUCCUUGGCCUGCCACUGAUGAGGCAGGUGAGGGCACGACCUGGAGAGAAGACCUGCCUGCCUGCCAAACACUUCGUGCAGAGCAGCCUCAAAGGAGAGAUUCGCUGUCACCCCGAAUACAGCACCGACCCAGAAGACACAGCAAGGCACCCUGGGUUGUGGAGCAGAGUUAGCAAGCGGGCUGUAGACAAGACUACCAAAGGAUUUACUUAUAAGCCCCAAGAAAAGAGAUGGGUGUACUAUUCCUAUGGGCUGUUACACACCUACGGGUCAGGAGGGUACGUGUUCUAUUUUUUUCCAGAAGAGCAGCAGUUUAACUCCACGCUGAGGCUCAGUGAACUCCAGAGAAGCCACUGGCUGGAUGAGAAGACGUGGGCUGUGAUCUUGGAGCUGACCACGUUUAACCUGGACAUCAAUCUCUUCUGCAGCAUCUCGGUCACCUUUGAGGUCUCACAGUUAGGCGUCGUGAACUCUAGCCUGUCCACACACGCCUUCCCGCUCGCGGAUUUCGACAGGAGCACCUCCGCAGAAAUCUACCUGUACAUGGCCAUCCUCAUCUUUUUCUUCGCCUACGUUGUCGACGAGGUCUACAUCAUCACCCGGGAGAGGGCCGCCUACAUGAAAAGCACGUAUAAUGUGCUCAACUUCAUUUUAAAAUGCAUCUUCGCCGUGCUCAUCGCGCUCUUCCUCAGGAAACACUUCUUGGCCGUCGGCAUCAUUCAGUUUUACCUGUCGCACUCGGAGGAUUUCAUUCCCUUUCACGCAGUGUCUCAGGUCGAUCACACCAUGAGGGUGAUUUUGGGUUUCCUGUUGUUUCUGACCAUCCUGAAGACCCUCAGGUAUUCCAGGUUCUUCUACGACGUGCGUCUCGCUCAGAGGGCCAUCCAGACCGCCCUUCCCGGCAUCUGCCACAUGGCACUUGUGGUAUCCAUGUAUUUCUUUGUCUACAUGGCUUUUGGCUACCUGGUAUUCGGGCAGCACGAGUGGAACUACAGUGACAUGACUCACGCCAUGCAAACAAUAUUCUCCUACUGUGUUUCAGCUUUCCAGAACACGGAAUUUUCCAAUAACCGGGUCCUCGGGGUCCUCUUCCUCGUGUCUUUUGUGCUGGUGAUGAUUUGCAUAUUGAUCAACUUAUUUCAGGCGGUAAUUUUGUCUGCCUACGAGGAAAUGAAGCAGCCCGUGUACGAGGAGCCCUCAGAAGAAGCGGAGGCAAUGACCUACCUGUGUCGCAGGCUGCGAAGCGCGUUGGGCUUUCUGUCCUUCGAAUCUAAGGCGGAAGACCAACCCAAGUUCUUCGUCAACAUGGUGUAUGGGCAGCCAGAGAAGAACAAUCGCCGGUAUCUGGGGCUGAAGACCAGAAACAUUAAUGGGAAGAAAAUGAUGUAUCUCGUCGUGUGAUCCGUGGCAGUUUAAAGACCCACAGGCCAGCUCCUCUCGAAUACUCAGUUUCUGGGAUUAAGGAAUGUUUAAGCGGCUCAGUUGUGCUUUCUACCCGUAUCCUUCACAAUGCCCCUCCCCUGCGUUUGGAAGUAUCCACAGUCUUGGCCUCCCCUUUGGAACCUGAAAGGAGGGUGUCAGAGUGCAGUGCAGCCUCUGCGGAGAGAGGAGGAUGACAGCCUGUGAGUCCUGGGUUGAUUUCCCCGUGGCUGGGAAGUCAGAGUCUUUGGAACCUGCAGCAGUUUAGACGGUUAGAGACCCAGAUUUGGGGUAGGGAACUAAGAGGCCCCCUCAACCUCACCCCACCUUGCCAGAAGCAGCAGGAAAAUGCUUCUGCUGCUUCUGUGCCCCCUCCCCCCCGGGGGGCUGGGAGGCCAGCGCUUGUGGUUCAGUGCAGAGCCUGGGGUCUCUCAGCCCUGCCGGCCGUUCCCUUUGAACAAGGGGCUGCAGGGCCUCCCCCACCCUCCUUACCUCCACCGCCCACACUCCAGCUGGGCCAGGGCUGGAGGGGCCUGUGCGGAGUCCCAGGAGUUGCCCUGGCGCCUGGGAAUGCAGGAAUGUGGACCUGGGGGUCAGACAUCUGAAGCUUCCCAUCUACUUCUUAAGGCCACUGCAAGUGAAAGAUGUAAAAUGUAAUAACAUUUUCUGGCCAUGAGACAUGACUUUUUUAAAUAACAAGACGGUGUGUGGGGGUGGAGGUUCACAUGGAGAGAUAGUAACUAUUCUCUAUAAUGAAUAUAGUAAUAUAUGCAUCCAGGAUUUGGGGUUUUGGUUAUUGAUGACCUGGGGAAUUGUUUAGAAAACAUUGUUUAAGAAAAAUGGGCUAACAGCUGUCGGAUUUUCACUCAGAAGCACACUCGUUUAUAUAGAUACCACUUUAAGCUUGGUCAGAAUUAAAUGUGCGAUUUCUUCUAUGAGACCUGCAGUGAUUUCUGUGAGGGGGUGUGUACACGGAGGGCUCCUGCCCUCCAAGUCGAGGACCAGCAGAGGGGGACAACCAGUCAGGCGGGUGGCUGCUUUCUCCCAGGCGUUUGCUACCCCCUUGGCGCCCUGGACUCCUGAGCUGCACCAGAAUGGCCAGGGCACCCUGGUAGGGAGGGGCAUGCACACACCCACGCGCGCACACGUUCCAUCGUUUCGUCCCCAGGGGAGGCCUGAGGACCUGUGUGUGGGAGGGAGUGGUCUU